AGAGUUGUUUACGACAGCUGUGGUCAAAAACAAAUAUUAAUGGAAUUUGCAAAAUUUUACACAACAAAAUAACAUCAAGUAACCAAAAACAAAGAUAAGAAGUUUGGUAACUAAGUUGUUGUGAGUUAAGGUACCCAUGGUGCAAGUGUUUGUAUUUUUUGUUACAUGUGGUUAGUGGUUAGUAACAUAUUCAUAUUGUAUGGAUUGCCAGAUUGAUGUGUGGUCAGUGAUUUUGGUUGUGUGGUUAGUGGUGAGUGGUUCACAACCACAAAUACCGAUGUGGUUAGUUAGGCUCAUACUUUUAGAUCUACUCCAGAGGGGAUAAUCCAAAGCUAAGUUCCUUCUCCUCCACAGAUUUCGUGAAAAUGAUUGUUGCCAUUCACCAUCAAACCCUAAACGGCAACUUCUCCAGAGAUUGCUCUACACACCGCUCGCCGGAACUCCAUAAGACCGCCGUCUUCUAACCUGCAACAUUUCCGCCGCAGACAGAUCUGGUACAAGUCGCAUCCAACAACCGUCAGAGACACCGUGCAUACCGUCGGAGAGAGCGAAAUCAACUGGAGUAGAUACACAAGCUAACGACUAUUUGCUUUAGUCAAGAGAGACUUCUAGGUUUUUUAAAAAAAUUGAUAAUCUAAAACACCGACAUAAACAUACUUUUUAUUUCUUUAGUUUUUAGAUUUUUUUCAGGAAAACAAAAAAAAAUAUUAUUGACGUUGAGGAGACGAGAAGAUUUGUAACGGAUGAGAUUAUUUUUAGUUAGGUAAAAUAGAAGGAUUUUUUAGUCAAUACAUCAUUGGAAAGUAGACUAUAUGUCUAAAGUACCUGUAAACGAAAAGAGAGAGUAGAAAAGUAAGUCUUAAGUGUAAUUUUAUUCUUAUUUUAUCAACCAAAUGAAGGAGAGAUGAGAUAGUUGUCGUAGGAAAAGACAAAAGAGAGAUAGAACGAAUAAAAGUUUGAUAGAUGGCGUAGUAGUGUAAUAGAAGGAGCCAUGUGGCGCCUUUAAUGUAAUGUAAUUCCCACAACAGGUCCAAAAACGAUUCUACAAGAUUCUUCAAAUCCAACGUCACAUCCAAUCUUGAAUCUGAGAAGCAAAGCUGAAUCUUUACAAUCAAUUCCCAUCUUCUUUCUCUUCAAGGCUUAGAUUCUCUACUUGAAUCUGUUUUUGCCAAUCCUCUGUUUUCUGAACAGAAUAUCUUAAAGGCUCUUGUUUUGUUAUUUUCUCCGGUAAAGACUUCAUUUUUAUAGAAUAAACUCUUUAAAUUGUUGAUCUUAUUGUGUUCCACAGAAUCACCUAGACUUGUCAAGACAAUCUAUCGGUGGCAUUUGUCUGAUGGGUGAAGAGACAACCGCAAACGAUGAAAAUGUUGCCGAGACAAAACCAAGUCCAAAGCUGACACUAUUGCCUCUAGUAUUUCUAAUAUUCUAUGAAGUUUCUGGUGGCCCUUUUGGUGUGGAGGACUCUGUUAAAUCAGGUGGGGGUCCUCUCUUAGCCCUUCUAGGCUUCUUGAUCUUCCCUCUUAUCUGGAGCAUACCCGAAGCUCUGAUCACAGCAGAGCUCGCGACAAGCUUCCCUGAGAACGGUGGCUACGUGGUUUGGAUCUCUUCAGCGUUUGGUCCCUUCUGGGGAUUCCAAGAAGGGUUUUGGAAAUGGUUCAGUGGUGUAAUGGACAAUGCUCUCUACCCUGUUCUGUUUCUUGAUUACCUGAAACAUUCCUUCCCUGUUUUGGACCAUGUAGCUGCUCGUGUACCUGCUCUGUUAGGCAUUACCUUCUCACUGACGUACUUGAACUACAGAGGGUUGCAUAUCGUCGGCUUUUCAGCUGUUCUGUUAGCGGUUUUCUCGCUCUGCCCUUUUCUUGUAAUGGCUUUGCUUGCGGUUCCUAGGAUCAGACCUCAGCGUUGGCUGUUUGUGGAUUUCAAGAAAGUUAACUGGAGAGGGUACUUCAAUACAAUGUUUUGGAAUCUGAACUAUUGGGACAAGGCUAGUACUCUUGCAGGAGAAGUUGAGAGCCCUGGGGAGACGUUUCCAAAGGCUUUGUUUGGAGCGGUUUUGUUGGUGAUGGGGUCGUAUUUGAUCCCACUUACGGCAGGGACUGGAGCUUUGAGCGAGUCUUCUUCGGGUGAGUGGAGUGAUGGGUAUUUUGCUGAGGUUGGGAUGCUUAUUGGAGGUGUUUGGCUCAAGGGAUGGAUACAAGCUGCUGCUGCAAUGUCGAAUCUAGGAUUGUUUGAAGCUGAGAUGAGUAGUGAUGCGUUCCAGCUUCUUGGUAUGAGCGAGAUUGGGAUGCUCCCUGCGUUUUUCGCCCAGAGGUCAAAGUAUGGUACACCAACGAUCAGUAUUCUGUGCUCAGCUACAGGAGUCAUAUUCUUGUCGUCGUUGAGCUUUCAAGAGAUCAUAGAGUUUCUGAACUUCUUGUACGCUUUAGGAAUGCUUCUUGAGUUCGCAGCCUUUGUGAAGCUAAGGAUCAAGAAACCGGAUCUUAACCGACCUUAUAGAGUUCCAUUAAACACCUUUGGAACUUUAUCGCUGUGUUUGCCUCCUUCUUUGCUUGUGAUUCUUGUGAUGGUUUUGGCCGCUCCAAAGACGUUUUUAAUCAGUGGUGUGAUCAUCGUCGUCGGGUUCUGCUUGUACCCGUUCUUAGAACUCGUGAAGGAGAAACGAUGGGCGAGAUUCAUCCCAGAGGAUCCAAGAAGACAGGUUUUAGGAGUUCAAACAGAGUCCCAGUUGGAUGAAGAACAUGGAGACGAGUCUUCUGCUAGCCUUCUCCCAUGAUCUCAAAACACAGAUCAACCAAAACUCUUUCUUUCUUUGCAUAGGUCUUAUAAAGAGACAUGAAAAGUUUGUUUUGUAUAGUUUGUAAGAAUGCAGUUUAUUUUAUGUCUUGUUCAGCUUUUGGCUUAGAGUACAUUAAGGUUUAUGUGCAAGUUGUCUAAGAUUAUAGUAUGAUUAUGUAUAUAGUUAUUGAUUCAAGUACACAUUUUCUUUCACUG